GCAUGCAACUAUAUGUAUAUGCAUGUUUCGACUGUUUUAUCAUACUGUAAAUGUGUAAUGUAUAAGUACUUAAUUGUACCGAUAGAUGGUAGCUUCGACAAAAAUAAUACAAUCGAUUUAAGUUAUUCAAUUAACCUCUAUAUAAUUGAAAUCUAUACAACAGGUUAUAUACAGUUGAUACUAUGCCGGAGUUUAUAAGUAGACAUAAUAUCGUUUAAUUUAAAAAGUAUAGUGAAUAAAUUAUUUAAUGCUUAGCACGUGCAACGUGAAAAUAUAACUCGUAGAAUCUUAUCAAUGAAUAUUUAUAAGUCGUUGUAUUCAAUGGCUCGAAGAAAUUAUGGAAGAAGCAGAAAUAGUGGAGCACUUUUACGGAGUAUAUUUAUUAUAUUGUUUGAAUCCGAAGUACAAAGGCAGAACUUAUAUAGGUUAUACCGUAGAUCCACGACGUAGAAUUAAACAACAUAAUGCCGGUAAAAAAUAUGGCGGUGCAUGGAAAACUAGCAAAAGAGGUCCAUGGAGCAUGGUGUUAAUUAUUCACGGCUUUCCUAACAGUACUUCUGCAUUGAGAUUCGAAUGGGCAUGGCAGCAUCCUCACGUAAGUCGACGUUUAAGGCAUGUAUCGAAAAAAAAAUCAACCCAAAAAACUAUAGAAUUUUAUUUGAUGGUUCUCUCGGAAAUGCUCAAAGUUGGACCCUGGUGUCGUUUACCUUUAACAAUUCGUUGGUUGGACGAUGACUUCGCUCAAACUUAUUCCACUUCCUUUUCACCGCCUUUGCAUAUGCCGAUAUGUUACGGGAAAGUCAUACCGCGAAAGGUCACUAAGAGAAGUCCAAGAAAAGAGAAGGCUAUUGAAUCACAGAUGGAAGAAGAUUAUAUUCCUGUACUCCUUUGCUCGAUUUGCGGAUUAAUAAGCGAAAAAAACGAAUCCGUUACGUGUAUAAAACCGAGUUGUCGACUGAUAGCACAUUUAAUUUGUUUGGCACAACAUUUUUGUAAGGACGACCAAAUCUUACCGAUCGAGGGUACAUGUCCUUCCUGUAAUACCAACGUCCUUUGGGGUGAUUUGAUAAGAAAGAUGAUAGGUUGUUAUCAAGACUUGCAAAGUGAUGUUGAUAACUCUCCACUUAUAAUCAGUAGCGAUGAAGAUAUCGUAGACUAAUUAUUAAUUAAUUGUUAGAUCUUUGGAUUUACAUUUUAUGCAACACAAUCAUGUUUUAUAACUAUGUCAUUUUAUAACAGUAAAUCAUGAUUUAAGAUUAUAAGAAAAAAAUUGUCUACAACUGAUUCUGAAUCAUUAACACUAUUGAAAGAUGUAAAUAUAUAUUUUCUCGCAUAGUGUGCUAGAUAUACGAAGUUAUAACAUAAAUACUACUUUAAUAUGUAAUUAGCACGCGCGUAGCGCGCACCGUUAGUACUUUUGUUAUACGUGAUCAAACGAAGCAGCACAUAUCGUGCUGUCCAUAAUUGUUAACUAACAUUUAGGUCACAGGAAUCAUUUUCUUUGCCGUCGUCAAGUCUAUGUUAAUCACAAAAUACAUACACACACAUAAACACAUAACAUAUAUAUAUAUAUAUAUACCACUGAUUAAUAAGAAACGGAUAAGUGAAU